UUAGCUGUGGCAGAAACAGGAAGUACAGCUCAACAACUACUUCUUUGGAAACUUUCGCCCACAGCCGGCUGUAAAGACUAUUAUGUUUAUUUCUUUCACGUAGGAAUUCGAUUCGUGUUUACGUGUUAGUUUUUAUUUAACUGUUGCCCAGAGACUUUCGACGGUUCAGGCAGCAUGGCUGACCAGCCCCGUUUGUUUACAUGGUGAAUCAGCUGACGAGCUAACGCUAACAAUCUGCUUUUUUAUUUUUUACAAUACCGAGUCAUAUGAGCUGUUAAUUAUCCACCGGCCGUGUCUUCAUGAAUGAAAGGCAGCAUUAGUGAAGGAAUUAACCUGCAUUUACACGAGUGAAGGGUUGUUUUAGGUCUCAGUGAGCCGUCCAAAGUGCAACAAUGCCAAGCUAACGUUUAUUCCCUGAAGCGUUAGCAGCGUUGGUCGGACGAGUUGAAGUGUUUUGUCACCGGAUCAGCGGCCCUGCAGCGUCUUCAUGACAAGAUGCCUUGUUCCUGUGGGAACUGGAGAAGAUGGAUUCGGCCUCUGGUCGUUGUGCUGUAUAUCCUGUUGUUAUUAGUCGUCCUGCCGUUGUGUAUCUGGGAACUGCAGAAGUCAGAGGUUGGCACUCAUAACAAAGCAUGGUUCAUCGCUGGGAUAUUCGUCUUCAUGACCAUACCCAUAUCAUUAUGGGGCAUCCUCCAGCAUCUGGUGCACUACACUCAGCCAGAGCUUCAGAAACCUAUCAUCAGGAUAUUGUGGAUGGUCCCGAUCUACAGCUUGGACAGUUGGAUUGCAUUGAAGUAUCCCAGUAUAGCAAUUUAUGUGGACACAUGCAGAGAGUGCUACGAGGCGUACGUCAUCUACAACUUCAUGAUCUUCUUGCUCAACUACCUGGAAAAUCAGUACCCCAGCCUGGUGUUGAUCCUGGAGGACCAGGAGCAGCAGAAACACCUUCCCCCUCUCUGCUGCUGCCCGCCGUGGCCGAUGGGAGAGGUUUUACUGUUGAGAUGCAAACUUGGAGUUCUGCAGUACACGGUGGUGAGACCCGUCACGACGGUUAUUGCUUUAAUCUGUCAGCUGUGUGGAGUGUAUGACGAAGGCAAUUUCAGUUCAAAAAAUGCCUGGACGUACCUGGUCAUCUUCAAUAAUAUGUCACAGCUGUUUGCCAUGUACUGCCUGGUGCUGUUCUACAGAGCUCUGAGAGAGGAACUGAGUCCAAUCAAACCAGUGGGCAAAUUCCUGUGUGUUAAAAUGGUGGUGUUUGUCUCUUUCUGGCAAGCUGUGCUCAUUGCUUUGCUGGUGAAAGUGGGCAUUAUCUCAGAGAAACGCACUUGGGACUGGCAAAGUGUGGAGGCUGUAGCUACUGGCUUACAGGAUUUCAUCAUAUGUGUGGAGAUGUUUCUCGCCGCCAUCGCCCAUCACUUCAGCUUCACCUACAAACCGUACAUCCAGGAGGCUGAGGAAGGUUCCUGCUUUGACUCUUUCAUGGCAAUGUGGGACAUUUCUGAUGUCAGAGCAGACAUUUCUGAACAAGUCCGCAAUGUUGGGAGAACAGUUAUGGGUCGUCCCAGGAAGUCCUACUUUGGCGAGGCACAAAAUGACGGCGAGUGCUCCGGUUUGCUAUCUUCUGGAUCUCAAGACGUCAUCACCGAAGCAGCAUCCAACCCAGUUUCCCCUAAAGGUCAGUAUCAGGGUCUGGGAAAAACCCUCACACCGCACUCCUUGUCAGCACCCGCUGGACUCGGCUCAGCCCUGUGGGAUGAAGGGUAUGAGGCCAGACCUGAGGAAACCCCGGACGAAGAAAGGGCCGACCAAACCAAAGAACCAGCAGAGGCAGAUCUUAUUGUGAUCACCUAGUUGAUGCUGGUGUCACAGACUCUAGCGGAUAUGGCCCAGUAGGACCCAGAUUCAGCCUGGCCGUGUUCCUUCAGACAUUACUGAUACAAGCAGAGCAACAAACGUGUUUAAAAGGGCACAUCCACCAAGUAAUAGUAGACGUUUGCCAACAAAUGCAAAACCAAAUGGACCUCUCUGCCAGUGACAGCUCCAAGAAUGUUCGGUGAAGAUAUGGCACUAAAAGACUUGUGGAUAACAUGCAUUUUAUGCCGUUUCAUGUUGGACUAGAGAAUUGUGUGGCUCAGCAGGCUUUUAGAAUCCAUUUUAAUUGGGAAAGACAUGAAGUCAGUUUUAACAUGCAUCCCCAAAAGCAUAUUUUCUUCAAAGAACCCAGUCUGUGUGCUGUUGUUUCCCGAUACGAGAGCGUACAUUACUUCUGCAGAAGUCUGAGUAAAACACGGAGAUGAUUUCCAUGUAGUAAAUUGUUACACAAUUUUAUGCGUCAGUCAUGUCAUGAUCUCAAAUGUGAUACAUGAGAAAGAGAAAUAUGCAAUUUUUAAAAUACAUAGCAGUUUCUUCAUAUUGUAUCUUGGUUUACAGGUGGCAUCGACUUCAAUGAGUCGUCAUAAAUCAAAUUCAAUAACACUAAAAGCACAUUAGAUGUUCAGAAUAUUUUCUGAAGGGGGGGCAGAGGGAAGAGGGAACAAAUUUAUGGGAUGCAAGCUGUCACAGUGAAGAAAUGAAAUGGUGUUGGUUUGAGUAGCUGCGCCUGCUGAGAGAUGUGAACUAUCAAUACAGUAUCGAUACAAAUACAGUGUAUUUCUUAAGGGUUUGACUAGAUACUAUAAGUACAGUCCAAGUAUUAAAAAAAAAAAACACAAUUCAGUCUGAAACGGUACAAUCGGCACAGUGAAAUAGGUUCUUAUCAAUGCUUUACUGCAUAUAGAUUACUCUCUAGUGUUUAUAUUGAUUCACUAGUCUUCUCAGAUGCCUUGUUAAAUGUGCCGUGGAACUAGUCUCUCCACUAUAUCAGUUUAGCAUUUUUAUUCCAGGAUCUGUUUUAUUUGACAAGAUGUUUUCCAUCCUUUUUAGCCGAUAAGCUGGGGUAACUUUGCAGCUAUUGCACCGAAGCCAUUUGUUCUCCUCAUAUCAUUUACAAGCUCCUUUUUUCUUUUUUUUUGACUUACAUGGAUUUGUGCAGGGAUAUUGACAUGAUUAAUGUACAGUUUAGGAUGUCAGUGUGUCAGAAACUACAUAAAUGCAUCAGAUCAGCAGCAUAAUCUGCAUCAUGUCCAGCUCGAGCAUGUUGCAUUGCCUUACGUGAUUUUAAAAAAAACGUAAAACUGACAGAAUUACAUCACAUCUGAUGUAAAUGUUCCACGUUUUAAUUUGAGUCCAUCUCUGACAGCUUUGUCAAUAAACCAGAUUACCUAUCA